GACGGCGGCACAAUGGCGGCGCCCAUGCCCUCACCACGGCCUGUCACCCACCUACUCUUUGACAUGGACGGCCUCCUGCUGGACACCGAACGGCUCUACUCGGUGGUGUUCCAGGAAAUAUGUGGCCGCUACGGGAAGACCUACUCCUGGGAUGUCAAGUCCCUCGUGAUGGGCAAGAAGGCCCUGGAGGCGGCCCAGAUCAUCAUCGACACCCUGCAGCUGCCCAUGUCCAAGGAGGCGCUGCUGGAGGAAAGCCAGGAGAGGCUGCAGGACCUGUUCCCCACGGCCGCGCUCAUGCCAGGGGUGGAAAGGCUGAUCCAGCAUCUGCGAGAGCGGAAGGUGCCCAUGGCCGUGGCCACCAGCUCCGGCUCGGCGUCCUUCCAGAUGAAGACCAGCAGGCACAAGGAGUUCUUCGCUCUGUUCGACCACAUCGUUCUGGGGGACGACCCUGAAGUGAGCAAGGGCAAGCCGGAUCCAGACAUCUUCCUGGCCUGUGCGCGGAGGUUCUCCCCUCCCGCGCCUGUGGACAAGUGCCUUGUCUUCGAGGAUGCGCCCAAUGGGGUGGAGGCCGCCCUGGCAGCCGGGAUGCAGGUGGUCAUGGUUCCAGACGGGCAUUUGCACCGAGAGUUGACGACAAAGGCCACCGUGGUCCUGGCUUCCCUGCAGGACUUCCAGCCCGAGCUGUUCGGGUUGCCCCCCUACGAGUGAGAGCUGUACCCUCGGAGCGAGGUGCGCCCUCGGAGGGAGAGGUGCCCAUGCCCUUCCUGUGUCUGCCUGCUGGGGCCUGGCCCUGCCGCAGGGCGGAGCUCAGGGCCUAGCCCGCAGGAGGACACCCCUCCCACGCUGCCAGCCCUACACCGCCUCAGGACGCCUGCCUUCCUCCACGGCCUCCGCCAGCCGCGCCUGGACCUGCAGGGACGCAGAACACACAGCCCAGGUCACAG